UCUAACUUGUUAUAAAUUCUCGGAGCUUGUCUCGCCCGCGCUUAACUACCCGAAUCCAAAUCAGAAUCUCCACCAGCGUUUCAGCUCGCUUCGACGUAUAACUUACUCGGCCGCGGUUUUCCUUUUGUAAUUUUGAGCCUUGACGGAUUGAUAAGAAAAAAAAACAAAGCGAGAGGGUUAUCUGAGAAUCGAAUCGAUCAAUAUGGGAAACGGUGAAAGAGGACGAUCUAGCAAGAAGAUGAAAUACGGUGGCAAGAUGAAGAACAUCCAAAACCAAGAAUACUACAUGGGUGAUGAUGAUGCAUAUGAGGAUUCUCGUGAUGGUGAAGGAGAGAAGAUGAAUACGGAUUUUAGCAAAUUGGAGUUGAAGCCCGAUCAUGUGAACAGACCUUUGUGGGCUUGUGCUGACGGCAGGAUUUUUCUGGAAACUUACUCUCCUCUCUACAAACAAGCUUAUGACUUUCUGAUCGCCAUUGCUGAACCCGUUUGCAGGUCCUCUCUUCGUUUAUGUUGUGUUGCGGUUAUAUGGUUUUGGAGUUAUUUUCUUUUGGUUUAUUUUUUCAGGCCACAGUCAAUGCACGAGUAUAAUUUAACACCUCACUCUCUGUACGCUGCUGUUUCCGUUGGUCUUGAGACGGAGACUAUCAUCUCUGUUUUGAAUAAGCUGUCUAAGACUAAGCUACCCAAUGAUAUGAUUGAUUUCAUCAAUGCUUCUACUGCCAACUACGGCAAAGUCAAGCUGGUUUUGAAAAAGAAUCGUUAUUUUAUUGAAUCCCCAUUCCCUGAGGUGCUGAAAAAGCUUGGCGAUGAUGGUGUUAUAAGCAAAGCUAGAUUAUAUUCUGAUCCAUAUGGUGGUGAUGGAUUCACGAUCGGCAAAACAAGCGGUGAACUUGAAGCAGGACCUGGGGAGCUGUUGAAUGCAGCAGAACUGGCAGCAGCUGCACAAGAGAAAGAAACUCACUCAUUUGAGAUAGACCCUGCCCAGGUGGAGAUUGUGAAGCAGCGUUGCUUGCCAAGCGAACUGAAUUACCCUAUGCUAGAGGAAUACGACUUCAGGAACGACAACGUGAAUCCUGAUCUUGACAUGGAACUGAAGCCCCAUGCACAACCGAGGCCAUACCAGGAAAAAAGUCUGAGCAAAAUGUUUGGGAACGGAAGGGCAAGAUCUGGGAUUAUAGUGUUGCCUUGUGGUGCUGGUAAAUCUCUAGUUGGUGUUUCUGCAGCGGCUCGUAUUAAAAAGAGUUGUCUAUGUUUGGCGACUAAUGCUGUCUCGGUGGAUCAGUGGGCCUUCCAGUUCAAGUUGUGGUCUACUCUAAGAGAUGACCAAAUAUGCCGUUUCACUUCCGAUAGUAAAGAACGGUUCCGUGGAAAUGCUGGUGUUGUUGUGACAACCUAUAAUAUGGUUGCGUUUGGUGGUAAACGGUCUGAGGAGUCUGAGAAGAUCAUUGAAGAAAUGAGAAACAGGGAGUGGGGUUUGCUGCUCAUGGACGAGGUGCAUGUGGUUCCGGCCCAAAUGUUUAGGAAAGUCAUCAGCAUCACAAAAUCUCACUGCAAGCUAGGACUUACAGCAACCCUUGUGAGAGAAGACGAAAAGAUUACAGAUUUGAACUUCCUCAUUGGCCCGAAGCUAUAUGAAGCCAAUUGGCUAGAUUUAGUUAAAGGAGGCUUCAUUGCAAAUGUUCUGUGUGCUGAAGUAUGGUGUCCUAUGACCAAAGAGUUCUUUGCAGAAUAUCUCAAGAAAGAGAACUCCAAGAAAAAACAGGCUCUUUAUGUAAUGAACCCUAACAAGUUCAGAGCCUGUGAGUUUCUUAUUCGUUUCCAUGAACAACAACGUGGGGAUAAAAUCAUUGUCUUCGCAGACAAUCUUUUUGCACUUACUGAAUAUGCAAUGAAACUUCGCAAACCGAUGAUUUAUGGUGCAACCAGCCAUAUCGAACGAACCAAAAUUCUAGAGGCGUUUAAAACCAGUAAAGACGUGAACACAGUCUUCUUGUCAAAGGUUGGUGAUAACUCCAUAGAUAUCCCUGAAGCUAAUGUGGUUAUCCAGAUUUCGUCACAUGCUGGUUCUAGACGUCAAGAGGCUCAGCGUUUGGGUCGUAUUCUUAGGGCCAAGGGUAAAAUUGAAGAUAGAAUGGCUGGUGGAAAAGAAGAGUACAAUGCAUUCUUCUACUCACUUGUUUCUACAGAUACGCAGGAAAUGUAUUAUUCAACGAAAAGACAGCAGUUCUUGAUCGACCAAGGUUAUAGCUUUAAAGUUAUAACAACAAGUCUUCCACCACCUGAUGCUGGUUCAAGCUUAAGCUACAACAGUCGAGAAGAACAGUUAUCCCUUCUCGCCAAGGUGUUGAACGCUGGAGACGAUUUGGUUGGCUUAGAGCAACUAGAAGAAGACAUAGACGGAAAGGCCCUGCAAGCUACGAGACGAAGCAGGGGAGUGAUGAGUGUAAUGUCAGGUGCAAAAGGACUUGUGUAUCAGGAAUUCAACUCUGGCCAUCACAAAUCUUCUGGUCAACAAUUCAAGAAACCUAAAGACCCUACAAAACGACACCAGCUCUUCAAGACACGAUAACGGUUACGUUUAGCCUAACACACACAUGUUCAUUUCUUUGCUUGUUACACGGGCAGAGUUAGGAAUUAACUUUGAGGAUGUGUAGAAUUAGAAGAAGCAACUCUUUGUAUGCAUCAAUUGUUCAUUUCUCCAUUGAUUUUACAACAUGUUGCAAUUUCAUCAUAUAUUUGAGAGUAACCACCUUAAACUCAUUCAACCU